UAAGCCCUUCACACGAGCCCCACUGACUGGUCCUGCAGAGCGUGGAUACGGAAAGGUUGACAAGCAGCGCCUGCCGCUGACUGACAACGAGAUCAUCGAGAAGAGCCUCGAAAAGUACGGCAUCAUCUGUAUGGAGGACCUCAUCCACGAGAUCUACACCGUCGGCCCCAACUUCAAGCAGGCCUCGAACUUCCUGUGGCCGUUCAAGCUGAACAGCCCUAACGGCGGCUUCCACAAGAGGAAGUUCAAGCAUUUCGUCGAGGGCGGUGAUCUGGGCAACCGGGAAGACCACAUCAACGAGUUGAUCAGGCAGAUGAACUAGGUACGAUAUGUAAGGGCGUUUGUGUAGAGCUGAGCUUGUGUUUCAUGCCAGCAGCAACUGGUUUGGUCGGAUAUACCACGGGGUCAUGCAUUGCAGCGGCGUUUGGGAAUGGGAUGGGCCCUGGCACGGGCCGGAAAGGUCGCCAGAACGACUUCACGAAGUUCACGUGCAGAGAAGCAUGUACAAAUUUAGCACUUCCGGUUUCGCAUGCCUCAUGGGGCACCGAAACACGACACUCAUUUUUGGACUGGCGGAGUCAAUUCUGCAUGCGUGCGACUCGAGUAGUGACAUGCUCCCACAUUGCAGCACCUGCGCGACGUUCCUCGACGGAGGUAGACCACCCGUGGUCCCUUGCGCGGUAUGCCAGGCACCGAAAUAUUCGCAACGGUCGUCGUCAUGGCAGGCCGGAAUGUGACAUGUCAAAACGCAGCACACUUCAUCAGCCGGACACGAGGGCCUGUUGCCUGCCGCAGAAUCUGGUCAAGGCUGCGAGCCAUGACUGGUGAUGUUUGACAUUGAGCUCAACACCAAUACUUGCAUCGCCACCAGUCUAGCUGACAGGCCGAGCGCUUGGCU